ACCUGCUGCAAAAGCUUAUCCUAGCCGAGCCUAGCUCGUUUGCUGUGUGGUUUAGAUUUACAGUCGACAUUAACCUCUACUUUAUUUUCCCUGUGCCUUCGUGACCUGAGUGCUACGAUGCUAAGCUACACAACACGCCUUACUUGUAACUGACAGGAUAAUGGUUGGCGUUCAAGAGGUGUCCAGCUUGAGUCCAGCCCAGAGUAAGGUGUGAUGGCUGCACGCCCUGUGUCAUAUGAUAGCAACUCCAGUGACAACGAAACCUGGGAUCAGAAGGCAAACAGCCGCCCUCGGAAACUUUGGAAACACUCAAGUGCCAGUGCCAGUACCCAGUCCCGUGUCUCUCCGCUGGAGCAGGAGUUGGCAGCCAUGAGUAUGCAAGGUGCCAGUGGUGGCGCAGGCGGCGGCAGCCUAGGCAACGGUGCUAGUAGUAGUGGUGGUGGUAACCUGGGCAGCAGUGGCAUGUUGGGAGCUGCGGGGGGCGCCGUGGAGCACUCCAGGGAACGCCGCCGCUCCAGCGACCGCUCCCGAGACUCGUCCCACGAGCGCUUCGAGGGCCAGCUCACCCCCUGCAUCCGCAACGCCACCUCGCCCAACCUCGUCUCGCCCACGCGGCUGCAAGUGGUGCAUCCCGAGCGUGAGUCUGCGCCUCCCUCCCUCUCGCCCAGCCCCCGUCCCCUCCGGGCCGCCACCAGCAGCAGCAGUGGCCUGCUGAGUGCCGACCCCCCCUGCAUAAAGGGCCACAGCAGCGCCACCGACCUGACCUACAUCAACUACGAGGGCUCCAAGGAGGCCGGCGGAGGGAGCAUGCGCAGCCUGCGCACCUGCGAGCGCGUCACCCUCAUCGUGGACAACACGCGCUUCGUAGUGGACCCGGCCAUCUUCACUGCACAGCCCAACACCAUGCUGGGCAGAAUGUUUGGAUCUGGACGGGAGUACAACUUCACCAGACCCAAUGAGAAAGGGGAGUUCGAGGUGGCGGAAGGGAUAAGCUCCACGGUCUUCAGAGCCAUUCUGGAUUACUACAAGUCGGGGAUAAUCCGCUGCCCCGAUGGGAUCUCCAUCCCCGAGCUGAGAGAGGCAUGUGACUACCUCUGCAUCGCCUUCGACUGCAGCACCAUCAAGUGCAGAGACCUCAGUGCCCUGAUGCACGAGCUGUCUAACGACGGAGCGCGGCGUCAGUUUGAGUUCUACCUGGAGGAGAUGGUGCUGCCCCUGAUGGUGGCCAGUGCCCAGAGCGGCGAGCGCGAGUGCCACGUGGUGGUGCUGACCGACGACGACGUAGUGGACUGGGACGAGGAGUACCCACCGCAGAUGGGGGAGGAGUACUCACAGAUAAUAUACAGCACAAAACUGUACCGGUUUUUCAAGUACAUUGAAAAUCGAGACGUGGCCAAGUCCGUGUUGAAAGAGAGAGGACUGAAGAAAAUCAGACUGGGUAUUGAAGGCUACCCUACGUACAAGGAGAAGGUGAAGAAGCGUCCGGGCGGCCGGCCCGAGGUCAUCUACAACUACGUGCAGCGGCCGUUCAUCCGCAUGUCCUGGGAGAAGGAGGAGGGCAAGAGCCGGCACGUGGACUUCCAGUGCGUGAAGAGCAAGUCCAUCACCAACCUGGCGGCGGCCGCGGCCGACAUCCCCCAGGACCAGCUGGUGGUCAUGCACCCGGGCCCCCAGGUGGACGAGCUGGACAUCCUGCCCAACAUGCACCACCACCAGCCGCAGCCCAGCUACCACCACCACUACGAGCCCGACCCGGACGCGCCCUCGCCCGCCAUGUAGACAACACUCUGGGACUACAGCACUCCCAACCUCCCUCCCUCCCUCCCUCUCUCCCUUCCUCGCCCUUAGCCCCCAUCCCUGCCCCUGCCCCCGCCAUGCCACCACCAUGCCACCCACCAGUCAUGGGCAACACCCCUGGCACCUCCAGAGGCUUUCCUACAGUCCUGUGCCACUUUAGAUCUCCCUCUCUAAGCCAUUCAAUACAAUCAGCUUAUUGUACCGUAAUCAGCACAGCUCCCUUCUUUAAGCCAGCUAGUCUGGCCUCCAUACUUAAUCGCCUGUGUGAAGUGAAUGUUUGCAGCAGAUGUUGGACGCGAAGCAGCCAGGUGAUCUGUUGUUGUGAAAUGUAAGUGGUGCUGGACUGGAGCUUCUGAAUGUGAAAGGUCUGGUUGUUGUGUCAUGGCUGGAGGUCGGUUACGGUUACCCACCCAGUCACCCCAGCCACCGCCACUUGAGGAGUCGGACUGCCCCAGCCCCAGCCAGACAGACAGACACUGUGGGGCCUUAGCAGUGGCUCCUCUCUGCCUUACAGCCUCAAAUAACGCCCCAUCCCCUACCCAGUCCUUCACCCCUACACUGUGCCACAAAACCCACUUGCCUGCCCCCGCCCCCCAUCCCUUCCCCCUGUUGAGGUAUAUUGUUUUUUGUUGAGGUUUUUUUUUUUUUUUUUUUUUAAAUGAAAGAACUUUUUUUUUUCUGAGAACAUGUUUGCGUGUGAGAGUGUGGUGUUUUGAUCUUCUUUUAUAUUUGUGUGUGUGCUUUGUGCGCUCGGGGCCUCUGUAGUGAAGUGCUGCUGCAAUAGUGUGUGUGUGUGUGUGUGUGUGUGUGUGUGUGUGUGUGUGUGUGUGUGUGUGUGUGUGUGUGUGUGUGUGUGUGUGUGUGUGUGUGUGAGUGUGUGCGUGUGUGGGCUCACGUGUGCGUGCGUGUUGACGGUUGAAGUUCACUGUUCCUGUGGAUGCGUGAUUGCACUGCGGGGACGGCCAGCAUGCAUGUGUGCUGCCCCAUUGUGAAGCAUGCUGAUGAUAAUAAUGAUGAUGAUGAUGACGACCAUGAUCCUUUCUCUGGCGCUCGAAGGCGCACUGGACGCCUCCACCCAUAGGCAUACAGUACAUGUAUAUUGUCUAUGGCUUCCACCCAACCAAUCAACACGCAGGCCAGGCAGCCAGGCAGCCCACACUCACAGAUGAUGUCACCUUUCAAUAAAGUACCUUCUUUUGUUGCAGUAA